AUGAGAGUCCCUUACGUAUCAAACCCUCCUCCAACUAAUUCUCCGGAAGAGGAGUCAAUUGUGGCUGCGAUUGAGGCGCGACGACACCCCCGUCCCCUGCAGCCCCUUGACUUGGCACUUCUCCAUUCCCCGCCAAUUGCUUCUGGCUGGAACACUUUCGUUGGGGCAAUUCGGACACAGACGUCACUCUCUGACGAUUUGCGAGAACUCGCCAUCAGUCGAAUCGCCGUUGUCAAUAAAGCUUGGUAUGAAUGGAUGCACCAUGCACCCUUAGCAGUCAAGGGAGGCGUAUCUUCGAACGCGAUGAAGGAGCUCAUGACAGAAGAGAGACUUCUUCUAAGCAAUAUCCCAGAAGGCUUUACAGAGAAACAAUGGGCUAUCUGUGUCGUGGCCGAUGAGAUGACAAAGAAUGUCCAUGUCGCGGAUGAGACAUUCCAGCAGCUCAAAUCUUUCUUCAGCAGUCAAGAGGUGGUUGAAAUCGUUGCAACGGUCGCGUGUUAUAAUUGUGUCAGCCGUUUUCUUGUGGCUUUGGAUGUUGGAGAAAGAAACGGUACCACUCCUGUGCUACCCGAGACCUCAUAG